AUGAGUGAAAUCAAUCCAAACUCAGUGAUUUCCUCAUUUAACAAUUCAGAACUUAAUCAAAGCCAAGAACGAGACAGCUCAGCUCUUUGUGACUCAAAGAUUCGUAAAAGUCAGGAAAAAUCCAAAAUAUCACGUGGAAGCACUUCAAAAUCACCUUCUAUUUCUUCGAUUUUGUCAGAACAACAAUCACCAAGAGGAAAAAAGUCAAAAAACAGUUCAAUAUCAUAUUCUUCAAUAUUAUCAAAUCAUUCUGAUUCCAAUUCACACAAUUCUGACAUAAAUGAUCAAGAUAAGAGCACAAGCGAGAAUACAGGUAACAAUAUUAACAUUCCUGCUUCAGCUUCAUCAUUUUUACGAAAGAUCGGAGAGAUCUCAUCAUCCUCUAUUGGAAGUGAUUCAUUAGAUAGCGAUUCUAAUGCAAGUUCUACCAAUACCUCCAUGCAAGAUAGUAAAAAAACGCCUCAAAUAAGCGAAAUUAACAAACCUAAAAAGCCUUCUAAAAAAAGCGAAAUUGACAUGUCAAGUAUUGAACUUAGUGAUUCGGAUCAUGAUAUAUUAAGUAUUUUAUCAUCAUCACUUCGAAAAACGAACGAUACAACAAUUGAUGUCCCUGAAGACACGAUUAAGACCGACAAACGGUCAAAUACAGAUAAAGAAGACAUUCUUUCAAGUUUUGAUGAAUCUCCUUCUGAGCCAAAACAAGAAAAUCCAAAAACAAAAACAAAUCAUUCAAUUUUAAGCGACAGUGGUUCAGAAUACUCUCCCCCUGUCAAAGACAAAGCAGAUCCAGAUGAUUCCAACGCAAGUCUUUCAGAACUUUCAGAAAUUAUUUCAACAUCAUUUGCUAAGAGUCCAAGACCAACCAAAACUGGUGAUCGAGAUUCCUUAUCAGACAAAGACGACUAUUUAACCAUAUCUUCCACAUCAGGCAUCCAAGGAAACAGUGUUUUAUCAGGUAGUCUUCCAAAAUCAAGCCAUGAGAAAGAUCAACCACAUGCAGAUAAUUCCAAAGAGAAAAAACGCAAUUCUAGAGAAGAAAGUUCAGAUUUUUAUCAGAAAGAUAAAAAUAUCAAAUUUGAAACUCCUCCAGUUCAAAAAACAGAACUUAAAAAGUUCUCACCUCAGUCUAAUUCAUCAGGAAAAUCAUCGAAUUCUCCCGUAUCUGGCAUGUUUAUUGAAGAUGAAAACGGAAAUCUCUUAAAUGGUAAAUCGAAGAACAAAACACCAAAGAAAGAUGCAAUCCAUUUAUCAAGUGACUCUAUGUCCGACUUCACCAUCCCAGAUUUGAAGAACAAAUCUCGUUCACCAACAGAAUCUUCCACUUACAGCCCAGAAUCACAGAAAUCCGAUCAAAACAAAGACACAAAUAAGGAACGAGAUUGGAGUGAUGUUCUUUCUAGUGACAAUAGUUUCAUGAAUAAUCGAAGUUCACAAGAAAAAUCACCAAGUUCUAACGAAGAAGUUUCAUCAGACUUAUCAGAAAGUGAUCAUUCUAAUUCAACAGUAAACAGUGAUGACAUGAUCGAAAACUUUGUUUCUGCUUUGAGUGCCCAAGAUUCCAGUUUCGAAAAGAUCGGGAAUAAGAUUUCAUCACCAGAUUCCGACGAAAGAAAUUCAUCAGUUCUCUCAAACAACUCUCUUUUUAAUGAUUCAAUUCCAGAAAAUGUUUCCGAAGUCGAAGCAAAAAUUGCUAAAUCUAAAAAUCAUAAGAAGAACAAAACUAAAGGAGAUAAACAUGAUGAAUCAGUUGGUAAUUCAAUUUUAUCAGGUGAUUUUAGUAAAUCUGCGAAAACACAUGAUUCCUCUGAAUCUAAUUCCAUUUUGAGUGGCUUUGUAACAGAAGAAAAUAAAACACCUUCAAAACAAAAUAAUACUAAUAAGAGCGAAACAGAAACUAACUCAAUUUUAAGUGGUUUUGGCACAGAAGAAUUAAAUUCGUCACAAAAAAUUGGCAAAGACAAAAAGAAUGAAACAGAGUCAGCAAGUAAUUCUAUUUUGAGUGGCUUUGGCACAGAAGAAAUAAACUCACCAACAAAAACAGAUAAAUCUCAAUCAAGAAUAAACAAAGUAUCUUCUGAACGAAAAAAUAAUAAAUCUGAUUCUGAAACUAACUCUGUUUUAAGUAGUUUUAUCUCUGAAAAAAGUAAACCACAAAAACAUUCACAUCAAAAGAAAGAAAAUGAUAAUUCAUCAUCAUCAGAAAGUAACUCAAUUUUGAGUAGUUUUUCAAAAGAUCUUGAAAAAACAGAAGAAAAAAUUGAUAAAAGCAUUGAUCAAGAUUCCAGCAGUUUCACAAGUGUUAACAGUAACAUCAUUUCACCAACUAAGAGCAAACAAAAACAAGAUUCAUCAUCAGAUUCAACAAUUGAUCAGAGCAUUAUUUCAAUCAGUAGUUCUAUUGUCAACAAAGAAAAGAAUAAAGAACAUUCAAUUUUCUUGUCAUCAGAUAACGAAAAUAAAGAUUAUUCAAGUUCUUUUGUCGAAAUUGAUUCAAAUAUUAUGUCGCAAAACAAGCCAAACAACACAGUAACAAGUACAAGUUACAUUGACAUCGACAGUUCUGGUACAAAUAAAAAACAAAACAAAGUUCAAACAGAAAGUUCAUUCAUCGAAAUAGAAAGCUCUUCUUUAUCACAAGCAAAUAAAACAAACAAAAAACAACAACCAAAUAAUGUUCAAACAGAAAGUUCAUUUAUUGAUAUUGAAAGUUCAUCAGUUUCAGUCCAAAAUAAAGGACGAGUUUCCAAAAAUGAUGUUGAUGCAGAUAGUUCAUUUAUUGAUAUUGAAAGUUCUACUGUUAAACCUAGUAAUGCAGUCGAAAGCUCAGAUUUCAUUGAAACUAUUGACUCAGUUUCAAGUAAAUCAAAAAAUUCAUUUGAAUCCAGUUUUGUUGACAAAUCAUCAGAAAAAACAGAAAACUCAUCAGAUUUUGUUGAGAUUGCUUCAUCAGGAUAUGAACAAAAGUUAUCUAGUAUCAUUGUUGAGUCAUCACAGUAUCCUAUUGAUGUCACAAACAAAGUCCAACAAGAAAGCGAGAGCUUCAUCAUUGAAGAAUCGAAAGAUAUCGUUCAUGGUAGUUUUUCCGAUGAUUUUGAGGGUACAAAAGAAUCUCAUCAGAAAAAUACAUUUGAUUCUAGCGAUUUCGAAACAUGGGAAGAUAGUGGUGGUUCUAGAAAAGCUCACACAGUCACAAAACCACCAUCAUCAGAUUUUGAUUCAUUUUCAUCAUCUCGAAAAGGUAAAUUCAACGGAGUUUUUGUUGAAAAUGACUAUGUAAAACAUGUCAGUAUUCAAGACAUGAAGAUUGAUAAAGUCCAUCAUGAAUACAUCGAUAACAAAAUUCCUCAAAAGCGUCUUCAUAAAGAAGAUGAAGUCCAAUUUUCUAUGCCUCCUGCGAAAGAACAAAAACUUUCAUACAAAAGUAUCGAAACAAAUGUUUUCGAUCCAUUAGUUUUGUCUUCUGCACGCGUUUUCGAUGUCAAUUCUCAGUAUCGCAGAGUCCUUUCAUCAGCCGGCGAGCGCACUGCUUUACUUCAUCAGUCUCUUGAAUCCUUCCUUGAUACAAGAAGAUCUCGCUCUAAGAAGAAAAUCAGUCGAGGUGUUACACUUCAAGAUGUCGAAUCAGAGAUUGAAGAAAGGAUUAAGAACAAAGAUAAGAAGAAAGGAAGAUUUAUCUAUUAA